GGAAGAGAUCAUUGAGACUUUGUGCAUGCUCGAAAGGUUCUUUCCACCUUCUUUUUUUGAUAUUAUGGUGCACUUAACGGUUCAUCUUGGAAGAGAAGCCCGACUAUGUGGUCCUGUUCAUUUUCGUUGGAUGUAUCCCUUUGAGAGAUAUAUGAAAACACUAAAAGACUACGUCCGGAACCCUGCAAGACCAGAGGGGUGUAUCGCUGAAUCAUAUCUUGCAGAAGAGUGCAUGAGGUUUUGUAGUGAGUUUCUGAAAAAAACAAUACACGUGGAGGAAAAACAAGUUCGCAAUGACGAUUUUGGCAAUGAAGUGAUUCUCGAAGGUCGUCCAAUUUCCGGAGCCACAUCGAUCACAUUAAGUGAUAGAGAGAAGAAAAUUGCACAUCUUGCUGUGUUAAUGAAUACAGCUAUGGUGGAUCCAUAUUUAGACAUACACUUGGAGGAGUUACAAGAGUCAAGCGAACGCCUUAGAAAUGAUGCAACCUUACUUUGGAAUAGACAUACUGAAAAAUUUGCAGAAUGGAUAAAAAAGAAGAUUCCUAUUGAUUCAAAUAAUCACUCGGAGACAUUGAAAUGGAUUGCAUAUGGUCCACGGAGUAGUGCGUUGUCUUUUACUGGGUAUAUUGUCAACGGGCAGCGGUUUCACACAAAAAAUAUUGACAGAGAAACGCAAAACAGUGGGGUGACUUAUGAUGCAACUAGCAUGUGUAGGGCAAGCGCAAAAGAUACUGCACAAGUGCCUGAUUUGGUUACUUACUAUGGAACGUUGACAGAUAUAAUAUUACUAGACUAUCACGUAUUCUAUGUUCCAGUCUUUAGGUGUCAAUGGGCAAAUAAAGGUAAUGGUGUUAAGGUUGAAGAUGGAUUUACCCUUGUGAACCUUCACCAAAGUCAAGUAUCAUUUGCGAGAGAUCCAUACAUCCUAGCAUCUCAAGCAAAACAAGUCUUUUAUUCAAGAGAAGAUGAUUCCUCUAAUUGGUAUGUUGUAUUGAAGGCACCACCAAGAGGUUACCAUGAGCUAGAGGUCGACGAUGAAAAUGCAGAUGUAGCCUCAAUGCCACCAGAAAUUGACAUGGAUAUUGACGAGUCUAGUGAUGAAAUUAGAUAUGUCAGGGAGGAUUGUGAAGGCAUAUUUGUGUAA